CCCUUUUCCCACCUACUCUUCCUCCGGGUACCCAUUCGUUCGUCCCCCCCCCCAAAUCGAUUCACACUUUCGCCAUUCCCUGCUCUGCAGGCCCCUCUUUCGCUCUUUGUUGCUGUCCACCAUGGUUGUGGCCCCCGCCGCUGCGUUGUCUCACCAGCAUUGACUUUCCCCCCACCAACGAACCACCGUUUCCCCCCCGUUUGUGGUUGGGCUCUGUUUAUAUCACGUCACCCGUCCCCCCUCCUUUUGGGACGCGUCCAACGUGAAUGCCAUCCGACUCUUUCGCAGCAUCCGUGCGAAGUGCUGAAUCUCCACUUCGCCUGAACACUUCAAUUCAUUCUUCGACCUCGUCCAGCUCCGAGUCUUCUCUCCCCAGUCCUAGCCGGCAAGAUCAGUACCCUCUCCUGACCUCCCGUUAUCGCCACUUGUCCCCCAAACGAGCCGCCAUCAUGAACGAGGCAGGUGGUCACCCCGGCGUGCGGAACCUCCUCGCUAAAUUCGAGAACAAUCAGAGCAACACCACCUCCCCUCCCUCUCGCGGUCGAUCCCCCGUUGGCUCGGAACAUUCCGGCUCAGGAAGACCUCUGUCCAAGGUACGCGCGAGCUUUGUCGCUGUCGAUGGUGCGACUCAGCCUAACCCUCUCGCGGGGCUACGGAGUGUGAGUGGUCGCAGCGACAGCCCUGCCGCCCCGACCCGGGUCAGAAGCUUCAAUUCGGAGGAUUUUGAAGGUGGCUUGAAAAGUCCACUGUCCGUUUCCCCAACUCGGAACGGCUUUCCCCACAAGAUCCCCGAACAGCCAGUUGCGACUCUGGAGACACCGCCGGAGGAUCUUCCUGAGAAACAUGACCCCGCCCCGGUAGAGCCUGAAAAGCCGUCGGAAGUUGUUGAGAAUCCUCCAGCCCCAGUUCCAAUCCCCAAGGCCACUGAGGUCUCUUCUGAGGUCUCCUCUCCCAAGCCGACCAAGACCGUCACCAAGCGACCAUCGACCAUCCAGGUAGGCAAGCCGGCGCCCAAACCUGCUGCGAGAUCCCCGGCGCAGCCCCGCACGCCCACUUCGCCUGCCAAACCCGAGGACAAGACAUCUCGGACCACACGGGCUGCCCGUCCGGCGACUACGAGGACUGCAGCCGCCGAGGCCCCCAAAGUCGCAACACACAAGCCGAGCCGGACAUCCUUGAACCCUGCAACUAAGCCCACGACGAGACCCGUACGGUCCUCCAUGCCUGCUCGUGACCUGACGAAGCCGACAGCCUCGGCCGCUUCUCGCACCACCAAGGCUACGCCGGCCAACACUACUCGCCCUUCGGCUUCGGCAACGACUUCGACUUCUUCUUCUACUAACAGAAAGGGGGCUACCACGACGUCCACUUUGACCCGGAAACCGUCCACACUCAAGAGCUCGACCACUGCGACCCAGCAGCGCGCAGUUACCCCGACUGCUUCCACCGCACGUAAGCAGCCGUCUCGCCCCUCUCCUCCCUCCGGGAACGAACGGCCACACUCCCGUGUGAGCAACACUAGCUCCAGACCACUUGACGAUAGUUUUUUGGCUCGGAUGAUGCGUCCUACAGCUAGCUCUGCCAGUAAAACGCACGAUAAGGUCGAGGUGAAGAGCCCUCCGCGGCCAACUAAGCCGGCUCGGGCUCCCAGACGUGUCCCUUCCAAGCUUGACACCCGUACCUCGCGCGUGACCAAGCUCGAACCGGGAAAGCCUUUGGAGAAGCGGGCAACUCCCGAACCAGUGAAGUCCGAGGAACCACCGGUAAAGGCGAUGGAAGAAGCCGCCAAGGAGACUGUGACUGAGGCCCCUGUCGUCGCCGAGAAGCCUGUCGAGAUUGCCGAGGAGCCUGUGCAGCCUACUGUCGAGACCGUGGCCGAGGAAGUUGCCGUUCCCGCCACGGAGGCCGUUCCCGAAACAAAGGAAGCUACUGAGGAUUCGGCUGAAGCUGCUGUGGAGCAAGCCACUGACCUUGCGUCGGUUCCCGAGCCCGAACCCGUUGCUGAGACUGCAGAGCCGGUGGAAGAGACCAAGGAGUCAGCCGAACCCGAGGCUCCGGUCGAGGCCCCCGCUGACGUCGUUCCGGAGGCCCAGUCGAGCGAGGUUGACGUUGACAUGGCGGCUCUCACCCUCAACUGACUUGCAGACCACUUGACAAGCUGAAAUAGAAAACUUCUCUUCUUAUUCCCUUCUCGUGAUAUAUCUUGUUAUACCCUUGAUAAUCGUGAAGUGGCCAGGUCCAUACUGGUCUCCACGUGUUCUCGAUAUUGAUUUUAUUCUUGGGCUUUCUUCCUCUUCUCUUGCGUCUCUUGCCUUCUUUUCCAUUCUGAUCUCCAGUUAUCUUCGGUAUCUCGGGUAGGGAGCGGAGCACCUUGUUGGCUGUCGACCAGACCGCCGACGUGCAUGUCGGAGCAUUGCUGGCGGAGUUGAUUCGGAUGUGAUCUUAGCGAUGUGUACGGAGUACUGCAUCUUGCAUAUGUGCUGGGCUCUCCUGGUACAUUACUUUAGGAGGGUCAUUGUUAUUUUUGAUAUCAGUAUGUGUAAAUUGUAUUCUUUCACCUCUGAAUAGCAUUGCUACAGACGCAAACAG